GUGGUAAUGUUCGCCAUGUUACAUUUUAACAACAACAUGCAAACUGAUGGGGACUGACACGUUGUUCCAUGUUAAACUAGUGUUGUUUUCACGAAUUAUAUCAACGGCUUCAUCAUCAUAAACAUGUUUUUUUUAACUUGACACCAUGUUUUUUCCCCUUACUUUUUUGUAUAUUUAAAACCAGCCUCUGAACCAAGAUGCCCCGCUCUGCAACCAAGUCUCAAGCUGACAAGCGCAAUAGGUCGUCUGUUCGAGUGACUCCACUUCCGACGCAAGACGAUAUCAUCCCUGGUCGCUUAACUCGGGCCCAAUGGACGGACAUGUUGAUGGAGGAUGCAGAUGAGACGGUGGGGGAGAUCAUGGAGGAACUGAUGACCAAAGUCGUGGAAGGUUGUUUAAAAGUGUACAUUGAGAGACAGAUACCAGCUUUCUCCACAUCCUGGGCCAAGAACUACCUCAUACAGAUUCUAGAGCGCCAAAUCCUGUGCCCAAAUGAAGGGGGAGAACCAAAGGAAGUAUAUAAAAUAGAAGACUCAGAGCCUGUGCCAGUAACUUCAGAUCCCUGGCUUCAAGGAUGUGUACUCGUUGUAAAUGCUCCCAGUCGACCUCACCCCGCCUCACAACAGGAGGAUGACGAUGGUCAGGUCCCGGGACAAACAGAGCCAGGAGCCAACCGGCGAUGUCAUAUUAUGGCCCGAAGAAAAAGCUCUCCAAAGCAAUCUGAAAAGGAAACAAGUCCCAGUAUGCCGGUCAGUUCCGAGUGCCAUGAAGCGCUUAGUCCUCGCCCUCCACCAAAAAUUGAACGAAAGAAAAAGCAGUGGGUUCAUUUACCGCCAGUUCCAAGCAAAUUACUUCCGCGUCUAUCGUGUUCAGCAGAGAAAAGGGAUGUGGAUGUAGAGGGACACAAUUCUAUACAUUCUCUACACAACCACACAACUGGAUCGUCGUAUCAUCGCAAGACCGACCGACCGACACAAAAGCUCGAUCCCUCCUGCUUGCCUCGACACUGCGUCUUUCCUCAGUACGAGAUUGUGGAUGACGACGACACAAAACCUAACUCCAAGAAACCAAGUGGACUAUCCACACGAGAGCCGAGACAUAGCGAGCAGCGAACUGAUUGCACGGUAACCUCACUGACGCAACGACCCAGCUCAGGUGUCUGGCUGAAGACGUUGUCCCCCUCUAGACAGAGAAAGGACAGGAUGUUGUCCUCUGGGUCUCUGAGACUCGACACGAUGGUUUUCGCCAAGGGUGUUUCUCUCUUGGAUUCUCAAGAAGUUGGAAUUAACACUCAUAAAUGCAACCCUCCGACAAAGUCUACCAAGCCGAGGCCGACACGAAGUGAUGUUGCCGAGCCAAUGUUGUCAGUUGAUCAGGUUACCACAGAUCCACCACCUCAAGUAACCCGUUUGUUUCAGUCCAAGUGAAAUGUAGUGAUAGCAUUACUGCGGCUGUAUUAAGACCAGACUUAAAAUAUCCUUCUAAUACAAGUCAUUGUGUACCCUGUAGGCUUAAAACUAUUUAUGAAUGUUGUGAGAUAUACUGUGCACAUAUUUAAAAUUAUACUGAAAAUAAUGUAUUUGUUGCCGUUGCUUCGAUAUUCUAUCAAUAGAUAAUUAUAGAAAUCUAUAGAUAAGUGCCUCACAGCAUAUAGCAAACAUAUCUCAUAUCCCACCUGAGGAGACGCCUCUGUAAUCUCAAUAACUGGAGAGUGAUGGCCUUCGAUCAUCACAACAAGAAAAGGACCUCCGCUGUGCCAUGGAAGCAAAAAGGCAACACAGAAAGGAGAGAACCACCAUAAAAACCGCAAAUACCUGCGAGUCUGCGACACACUUCAACAGACCCUGUGGAUCCAAGACUGACUGUCAUGUUCGACUGAGUGAUUCCUAUAAAGAUGCUUUUACAAAUAAAUGUGCCAU